UUGUGUUCGAAUAUUUUCGAAAAUCAACAUGAAAGGAUAGCGAUCGCAUCAAAGAUUUUUCUUGUGGUUUUUUCCUCAAGAUUGUUCAAUUUUAAGCUCUGUGUCAUUUAAAAUUAUUGUACUUAAUAAAAAGAUCGAGAGAUGUUUGCACGAGUAUCCUUCUAUCCUACCUUGUUCUACAAUGUCUUCAUGGAAAAGGUGACUUCCCGACGAUGGUACGAUAGAAUAGACAACAAUGUUAUCCUAGGAGCACUCCCCUUUCGAUCCAUGACGCAAGAUCUCAUUCAGAAUGAAAAUGUUAAGGCAGUUGUUUCUAUGAAUGAAGACUACGAGCUGACACUCUUCUCCAACAAUGCUGAGAUGUGGAAAUCCCAUGGUGUUAAAUUUCUCCAAUUGCCAACUGUUGAUAUUUUUGAAUGUCCGGAUCAGAGUAAGCUGAUUCAAGGAGUUACCUUCAUCAAUCGAUUUCUUCCGCCAGUUAACACACUUCCCGGAAUUGUAUCAUCAAACAGUGAAGAAUUAGAUGAACCAGGAACCGUCUAUAUUCACUGCAAAGCCGGAAGGACCCGAAGUGCUACCCUUGUGGGAUGUUACCUGAUGAUACGGAAUGGUUGGACUCCUGAGCAGGCAGUUGAGUACAUGAAGGAGAAACGUCCACAUGUUCUUUUGCAUCGUCAACAGUGGAAGGCCCUGGAUGUGUUUUAUGCGGAAAAUGUUACCAAGAGUCGAGCAACUUCCCAAGAAACUUCUUUUUGAAGUAAUUUUAGAGAUUGCCUGAAUCAAAACUACUCUCCAGAGAUUUAUUUACAGAGCAAUAAUUUAAUAAGAGUAAAGAUUAUUUUACUGA